AUGAACAAGAAGGGCGAAGUUGAUUUGGGAAUGUUCGAAUACGAGCCGCUCGAAGACAGUAAUUCCUUCCGACUUCUCCUCCUUAGCCCAGGAACCGGGGACGCACCGCUCGACUGUACCUUAGUCGAAGACUCCCGCGGGGGUAACACCUUCUCCUACGAAGCCCUAUCAUAUACAUGGGGCAAUUCGAUUGCUUCGCACCAUAUCACUCUUAAUGGUGAUUUGUUUCUUAUUACGCCAAAUCUAUACCUUGCUCUACGACAUCUUCGUCGGGCGGACGUGGAAAGAAUCUUGUGGAUUGAUGCAAUAUGUAUAAAUCAAUCAUCCCCGCUUGAAAAGACACAGCAAGUCUCUAUUAUGCGGAAUAUAUACCAAACUGCCGUAAGGGUGGUGGUUUGGCUUGGAGAGGAUUGUACUGAGGCUUGCCAUACUAUUUCCUGGGUUUCUAGCCACCAGGAAGGUGGUGAGAAGGACAGGAAACACCUAGUGAAGACUGCCAGAACUAUCAUGGACGGUUGUCCAGAGCCUUUAGUCGACUUUGAUAGUGAUGGAAUGAACAGCAGAGAAGACAUAGCCCAAAGUCGUCGAGUCCAACUACUUAAAGGCUUUAAUGAUCUUCUCAGUCGAACAUGGUGGUCGCGGGUCUGGACGCUUCAAGAAGUGGUCCUUAACCCCGACGUCACAAUCAUGUGCGGUUAUUCCGAAGUUCCAUGGAAUACCUUUAUGGCCUUUGUGGAAGGAAUCCAACGCAGCAAGCCCAUCUUACAGGUAUCACCAGAUGAAAGUACUGGAUAUCAACAAUCACUUCAAAGGAGUUUCUCUCGGCAGCAAUUUGCUCGCAGUUCCUCGCAGAAAAUGAGCGAUCUGUUACUUCAACAUCGUGGUCUUAAAGCAUCAGAUCCCAGGGACAACGUAUACGCCUUACUCGGUCUUGCGUCAGACAUGUCAAAAAGCAAGUUCUUGCCCGACUACUCGAAGUCGAUUAGCGAGGUUUACAAGAGACUUACAAGAGAGAUAGUAGUAAAACGCAAAAAUCUUGCUAUCAUCUGUGCCAGCCAACCAUCUGCAACCUCGCGGAGUGGCUUGCCAUCCUGGGCGCCAGACUGGAGUUCCCCAUGGAUAUACUUCUGCUUAGCUAGAGCACCACACAACGCUUUAAACACAUCAACUCCCGAUGUGAAAUUCUCCAAAGAUCUUUCUAGGCUGAAAGCAGGAGGAACAUACCUGGCCACUAUCGAGAGCGUGAGCACUACAUAUGACGCAUCGGAGCCCACUUUGAUCGAAUGGCUCAAACGUGUUCGCAACUGGGACACUUUGAUUGCGGAAUGGCACAGCGACUCACAACCUUUCUCGUUCGAUUGUUUCCGCCAGAUCUACUCUCAACACGUGCUAGGCUCGGAGACUGCGUACCCAGUUGAUCUAUUUGCCCAGACACCGAAGCAGGCGAAGAAGAGCUCGAAGAAAGACGUCAUGAAGUUUCGAACGCACAUGAAUAUGAUGUGUUUAAAUCGGAAACUCGCUACAAUGAGGCAAUCGUGGCAGUAUGAAACGCGAAUAGAGGGACUGGUUCCUUGCAAUGCCUUACCAGGGGAUAGAAUUGUUGUGCUUCACGGAUGCAAUGUGCCCGUUGUGCUGAGGAAAGGUGCAGCGGAGGAUUGGAGUUUUGUAGGAGAUGCCUACGUUGAUGGAUACAUGUAUGGGAGAGCUUUCGGUGCAUUUUCGUCAGUUGAAGAUGUGUUUUCAAUUCGUUGA